ACUUUCUGACGAUAAAAAAUUAUGAAUACAUAUAUAGCCUAAAUGCUGAAAUAUAAGAUUAUCAGUAUAGUAUUGAGAUUCAAUUGAAUUUUUUGUAGUAGUAUUCUGGUAUAUAUAAAUGAGUGUAUACAGGUACGGUAUAUCGAGUAUCAGUGGCUGCCAAGUUAAUAUUUCUUUGUUGUAGUCUAAAUUGCAGUAAAUAACGUUACUUGUACAACUGUACAAUAUGACACCUAAGUUGAAAAAACAAAAGCUUGAACUUGUGUUCGAUACAAAAGAAAGAGAAACGUUUUUGACUGGAUUUAGUAAGAGGAAACAAGCAAGAAAGAAAGCUGCGGUUGCGAAUGCUGAAAAACAGUACAGGGAUGAAGUUGCACGAAUCAGAAAAGAAAAACGUGAAAGGAUAAAACAAAGACUGGAAGAAGUCGCUUCCGUAAGAAGGGCUAAUGGAAUGGAACUUGCUCAAUUGGUUAGGAAUGAAACAGAAAAUGAGAAAAUUUUAGAUUUACCACAGCAUAUUGUUACAAUUACUUCAACUGAGGAGAUGGAUUUAACAAAAUGUGAAGACAAUGUGUAUCUUGGAUCGAAUUCAAACUCAAAUUUUGUUGAAAUUGUGGAUACACAAACCAAUGAAGAUGAACCAGAUAAUGAAAGUGAAAAACCUGUUAAAAAUAAAUUACUCAAAACAUCAAAUGAAAAUAAAGUUGAACCUAAUCGAAAGAAAUCGGUUUCUCGUGUCGCGGAGUUUGCCCGAAAAACACAAAUGCUGAAGACUAAAAGGAGAAAUCGUAAACAUACAACAGAAACUGGAAGAAUGUCUAAAUCACAGAAAAAGUUUUUGAAAAGAAGAUCUAAGCAUAAAUCUAAAUCGUCUCAGUGAAAAAACAUUUCCUAUACUUUGCAAAGAUGAUAUUCUAGGCUAGCCGAGUAUUGGAAUAUAUGCCAUUUUUGAAGAUGGCAUGACACCGCAUCUGCUCAAUUACGAACGUAUCGUACUCAAGAAAAACAAAGUGCAGUAGCAUAUGUGGAUAUUGAAUAAAUAAAUCCUUUGCGGAAGAAUUGUGACAUAGCUGGAUUUCAGAUUUUGUGCAAUGGAAUGUUAUAAAUAAAUUUUGACUCAGUGCAUA